AGCGUUAAGUUACGCUUCGUUGUGCUGCUAGUCGUUAUAACCGGCAUCUCUCGGCAGACACAAUAGAUAUAUAACUUGUCCACUUGGGACGACGGCGUCGCAAUCAUGGAGGAGCCGGCUGAAAUGCAGUACGACAUCGGUGUGGUCUUCGGCGUGGAAGCCGCCGACAUCGUGAUCAAGCAAGAGCUACACGAUGAUGUGAUACUCGAGCAACCCCUGGACGAGGUUAUGGAAUCGAGUUUCACUGCCGAGGACAAUUGCGACGACGAGCAUCAAGUUUAUCCUCACCCGGAGGAAAUUGACGAUGUCAUCCUUCAGAGGGCUGUUUCGCCACCUACUUAUACCGAUCACUGUGAUCCAGAAGAACUUUUGCUAUUCUACAAGGAGAAGUUUCAAUUAAAGGAGGUAACAAUUCAAUUGGAAAAUUGUGACAAGAUUUGGGAAACUUUGCAACUUAUUAAAAAUAUCCAAGGAGAUACAAAUGAUGAUAACAGUUCCUAUCAGAUUGAUUCACCAAAGAAUUUACUCAGCACUCCAGAGUCACCAAUUCCAAUCAUACCAUACCAGCCCACAAUAGGGAAUAGUAAUAAACCACUUCCUGAUUUUCGAUUUUCUGUAAAAUGUAAAAAGAAGCUGUAUCAUUGUAUGUCAUGUGGUAAGGAAUAUGGUGAUAGACAGCAGCUUAAACAACAUGCUAUUGAGGACCAUGGAGUUUAUUUUAAUCCUAAGAGAAUUUAUAAUCGGGCAGAUCAAAUUGAUAAAAGUUUACGGCUAAGUACCGAUACCAGUAAUAAAGGUUUAGCAAGUGAAUUACAGAAUCUUGACAAUAUGGUUAAAGUACCGCUAUUACAAAAUCCUGACAAUAUGGUUAAAAUACCACUAUCACAAGCCACACUGCAACCAGAUGAUAGUCAGGCUAUACAAUCAACAGAGAUUGUAAAUACUGAAGACAAUGAAAACUCAGCUCUAGGUAUCAAUGCAAUCGUUAAAGAUUUACCUGUGAAAUCAUUAACUACUAAAAUUGAGGUUAAAGGGAAAAUGAAAUGUAUUUUGUGUAAACGGGUGGCUACAGAUAUUGUUUACCAUAUGAAGGGUUAUCAUAAAGUUGGCUGUUUGAAAUCAAUCAUUGCUCAGUGUGAAAAAAUUACAGAUGAUAUUCUAAUACCAGAUAAAGUUAAAUCAGUAAUACAACCCAAUGAGGCUGUACCUGAACCUAUGGAACUAGAUGUUCCUUUAUCUGUAACUGUGAAAAAGAGAAAACGCAGCCAUACUCGAUGGACUGUACCUAAAAAGAAAUUCAAACCAACUAUAACAAAGUCAGUGCGAUUGCCUAUUGAAGCUUUCAAAGUUGGUUUUAAAAAAUAUAAGUGUGAUAUUUGUUUUGGUAUCUAUAAAUCUGCAAAAAGUUUUAGCUACCACAGGAAGCUUCACAGAAUACGGGGAGAAACUCCAGAUAAUUUUGAUCCAUCAAAGUGUAGAUUCUUAAAUUCACCUCUGCGACAAAAUAAUCUUCCUAAAGAACUGUUGAACAAUUAUGAUAAAUCACAAAAUCAGUCUACUAAAGAUCAACCAUCAAUAACUAAUUACCUAAAGUCACCGAUGACUGACAACAUAAAACCACCAUUGAAAACAGAACAAGAUAAUCUUCAAAUUACUAAUAAUCAAAAUUCAGUUGAGCCUACUAUUUGUGAUUGUGGCAGAUCCUUUAGAAAUUACCACACUUUAUUUUUACACAAAGUCAAAUGCAAGGAAACUGAUGGUAAAGGAAGCCAAGCAAAUGAUGAUUCUGCAAUAGGUAUAAGCAUAAAAAUCAAAAAGAAUAAGAAUGAUUCAUAUGAGGUUGUGCCAAGAACAUCUCCAACAGAAGAAAGUUUCAAGGAGUCUAGAAGUUGCAAGGACAGUGAUGCUUCAUCAAAUGACUCAGGAGUCGUUUCAGUUAGUUCCAAUAGCCAAAAGACAGAUUCUUCUGAGUUGGAAAAAUACAAAACUCUCAGUGUAAUGAGGAUACAAGUGGAGGAUAAUGAUGAAGAAGUAGAUAUUGAAGAUGAAAAUUCAAAUCAUAGCAAUUUCAAUGGCAAUUGUUUUACUCCUUUCAAUGGUCAUACAGAAGAUCCUGCAGACACUGCCUCCUCAGUUUCAAUGGAAAAUGAUUUUAUUAAAAAUGAAAUUGGUUCUAUAAAGAGUUCUCCAAGACGAAACAGUAACAUACCGUCUUUGAGUAAUCUUUGCAAGCAAGUGCUAUCAAAGUCCAAAGAAAUCAACAAAAUAUCUUCGCAUCGAUGUCUCACCUGCUUGUUGUAUUUUAAAAAUGUGACAGAUCUGAUGGAGCAUGUGACAGAGAUGAAACACGACGUGAAGAGUCUUUGUUCGUGUGGUAAAGAAUUCAAAAGCUUGAAGUACUACAACAUCCACGUAAGGCGGUUUCAUCCUCUUUUAUUAAAUUGCAAUUAUUGUAUGACUAAUUUCGAUAGAAUAGAAAAAUAUCUCGGUCAUAAAUGUAAUGUAAUUGAGGGCAAAUUAUUCAUCGAGCCUAUUAUUCAAACUCAAUGUAUAAAAUGCAAAGGUUUGGUUGAUCUCGGUGAACCAUUUGACAAGCAUAUGAAAACUCACAGUACUGUAAGCGCGAAUUUAUAUCAAUGCUACAAAUGCGAUUUAACUUUUCAUAAUCCAUAUCAACGAAGAUCUCAUUUCAGUAAAGAACAUGGAUUCUCGCCAUGUCGAAUUUGCGGCAAAGUUCUUCACAUUGAUCAUUUGUCAAAACACGAAGCUUAUCACGAUGGUUUAGGGCAUCCAUGUCAUUUAUGUAAAAAAACAUUUUCGCAGAAGACAUUGCUAAAAAAGCACAUUCAAGGAACGCACGAUCCUCUCGUGAACGAGGUUGUGAAAUGUAUUGUAUGCUUGAAAAAUGUAAAAUUGCGUUAUCUAAAGAAACACAUGAGUUUUCAUCUGCACACGGAGAUCUGUAAAAAAUGCAACAAGUGUUCUCGAAGCGAUUAUUCGAAUAGUUUCGAGGAUCAUGAGAUGGUCGAUUCAAACGUUUUUCCUACUUUAGAGUGCGAUAUUUGUCAUACGACUUUUGUAUUCGAUAAAGACUACGAAGAGCAUUGCCAGCAAGGUUCUUGUAAGGAUUGUGCUAAUGACACUGAAAUUGCUGUACAGAAUGCGACUAUUUAGUUUUAAGUUACAUUAAGAAAUCGCGCGUUGUCUUUUUGUAUCUUGUUAGUAAAACGAUGUCAACGACAGUAAAUAAUAGGGAACCCAGUGAUUUACUGUACAAUCCUUUCAUUUAUAUUAGAUUUUCAUGAUUAACGUUAUCAAUAGCUAUAUUAGGAAUAUCAGAAGUUGUCGAAAUUCUUUUACUGAUACAACUCAUUGUCAGUUACAUUUUUUCAAUUGGUUUCCAUAUGAAAAAUUAAUAAAUAAUGAAAUUAAUAAUUAAUUAAUGUAAUGGAACAUGCAUUAGGCUUUUUCUUUAAUCAUGAUUGUUCGUAAAAUUUGAAUACUUUUAUCAAACGACUAUAAUGGAUAUGGUGUAAAAACGUGGUUACCAUUUUGAAUUAUUGGUGGUUGAAGUUUACAAUGAUUGGUAAUACUAUUGACAAAAUGAAUCGAUAUGAUGUUCAAUAUUACUAAAGUAUUGAUCUGCAUUAAGGUUCGUGCAGCUUUGAACUAAUGUAAAUAGAUAAUAUUUUUAUUGAAAACAUUUCAGCUAUGUGUAUAUUUAAUUCUAUUGUAAAUUGAUAGUUACUAUAGUUUGAAAAUAGCAGUAUUUGCAUAUAUAGUAUAAUAAAAGAAAUUUUAGUUUCAUUUUCUUAUUACAAACAGUUCAAAUUACAAGAUCUGAAUAAAUAUUAGGUUUAGUAGUAUUUUAUGCAGAAUAAAAUUGUCCCUGAGCUCGGAACAAUUAAUGCAACAGAUAAAUUAAUGAAAAUAAUACAUUUCUGUACGCUAUACAGCGUAUUUAUAUACAAUUACUCGAGCAUAUUUUUGUUUAUGCGCGUUAUAUUUUCGACAUUUUUCGUAAUAAGAUUACAAUUUUUAUAAAAAUUGUGCAAGAAUCUUCAUUUUGUUUGUAAUAAUUUAUGAUUGAUGUUUUGACAUAUUGUAAAUCAUCAAGAAUAGA